CCUUUAAGGAUUGACGGGCAAACAUCUUGCUCUGACCAAAGGAUGAAGAUGACCACAUAGCUACAUGACCAAAGCCUGUCAUCUAAGUGCAAUAUUCCAUUUUCAUCCAUUAUAACCAUUUUACGUCUUAAUCAGUGUAUGGAAAACUUUGGACAUGUUGGCAGUGACUCAACUACUGAAGAUGCAGAUGCCUUUGGGAAAUGCACGCCUGGUUGACAGGAUAACGUUUAUUGGUCGUGUCUGAAAUUGAGAUGACUUGCUAAUGAAAAUGAUCAACAGACAAAAUGAAACUGUAUUCAUACCACUCAUAGUCGAUAGCAGAAGAACAAUGUGCGCCAGUUAAAGCCUUCCCCCUCCCCUCUAGGCAGUGUGAGAUUGGGUCUGCCCGGGCUGAGGAAUGUGUUUUUCUGGGCCGGGUGAGGAAGCACUGCAGGCCCCAUGAGUGCAGGAGGCUGGACCAGAGCUCAGAGAUUAUCUGGGCCCCAUGACCAGGACCUCAGUCCUCUUAGCCCCACGGCCAACAUGGACGACUUCACCACCCGCACCUACGGCACGGGCACGCUCGACAACCGGCCGCUCUUCGGGGAGACCUCUGCACGGGAUCGUUUCAUUAACCUGGCCGUUGGUGGAGUCACAUCACUGGUUGUCAUUGUCACCAUCAUCAGUUCCUUCAUCUUCCCUGCCCCACCUCCCAAAGGCCUCAACAUCUUCUUUGGAUUCUGCAUAAUCAUGAUCUGUUCCUCAGUGCUAGUUUUGAUAUUCUGGUACCGCCAGGGAGACUUGGAGCCCAAGUUCCGGAACCUCAUCUACUACAGCAUCUGCUCGAUCAUCCUGCUGUGCCUCUGUGCCAAUCUGUACUUUCACGACGUUGGCAGAUGAAACCCACUUACGUUGCCUUAAACCAAGCUGCACUGAGAGAAAAGAUGUUUGAAUGGCUGCCCUGCAUGGCGUUAUUUUUCAAAUGAAAAAUCAAACAAUCAAGCAUAGACAAACUGCCAUGUGGUCAAAUGUCUUGCUAAUAAUGAGUGGCGAGGAAUGCGUGACAUAUCCUUAGUUUGGCACUUUGAAACCUCAGGAGUAUAAAUAUUUGAGCUUAGAGAUCCAUAUAGAAAGACUGUCCCACAGGUCAUAGUUUGUCUGUUUAGGAAGUCAUUCCUAGUGUUUCAGAACAGAUCCAAGCAAUUCCCAAAACGCUAUAUCAGAUAACUGCUGGGACAAUCAAUGAAUGGGACCAAUGCUGCUAAGACUAGAAAGUAGAGAGCCAUUACUUCUAACUUUGUGUAAAUAUGGCUUAUAUCAUUAUGUAUAAUGUAUAAUAAUGUAUAUAAUAUGUAAUAUGUAAUUUUCUAGCGAAAGAGUUGUCAUAACAGAAAGAUACACUAAAUGUGAGACGUGAAGAGACACAAAAUACAGCAAUAUAAUGUGGAAAUAAAGAUAACUUAAUAUGA